AUGUCGGAUCACCCACUUAGGAUGCAGCCAAUUUCGCUCAACGUGCUAAAGAGGCCACAGGUGUUAUUUCAUCACGCCGUCGACUGGUCGUGGAUGUUGCAUCGACCUAGCAUUGCACUCCGAAUUUUCCAUCGUUCAUGCCACACCCGAGUCGUCCAGCUGCUGUUGAGUAAGGGCGCCCUGCUGCACCGGGAUCACCAUGGCAGGACACCACUACACCUGGCUGCUCUCGGGGGACACAGGGACACCAUCAGCGCCAUCCUCACCAUACACAGCCACACGUUGGAUCAGACGGAUAAGGAAGGGAACACCGCCCUACACGUGGCUGUGCGAGCGAACAAACCGGAGACAGUGAGUCAGCUGAUGAGUCUCAACUGCAAAUUCCUCGAGAACUUGGCCUCUUGCAAGCCCAUUGACAUUGCCAUUCAGUACAAGCUGUCUGAGUCGGCCUUGGCUCUCGUCACGCACGAUCGAGGCCCAACGGAGGUGCUCGGGACGUCAAGCAAGAUCCACGGUUGCAUCUGCAUGGCCCUCAUUCGGACUCUGCCAAAGGUCUUCGAGUCAGUGCUCUUCCAGGCCAUAGUCAAGGCAGACGUCAAGGAGCAGGCCAAGGACUUCUAUAUCAAGUACAACUUCUACCCGCUGCAACUGACCCCUGAACAACUCGACGCAGAGAAGAUCAAGCAGAAGAAUCCGAAUUUUCGUCCAGAGCCCCUGUAUGCUUGCAAUGUAGGUCAUUUUGCUUGCAAUGGAGGUCAUUUCCGAGGUCGCGCUUGCGAUGGUGGAGUCCGGCGAGUGGAGCUCCUGAUGCACCCCCUCACCCAGAAGUUCCUCGAGAUGAAGUGGCAGGCCUAUGGGAAGUACAUCCACCUCUCCAACCUCUUCGUGUACCUCGUGUUCCUGGCGCUGGUCACCAUCUUCGCCGUCGGGGUCCUGGGACAGCAGAGUUUCGUCAUGUCCAAUGUAACGAGGGUUCCUGUGGAUAACGUGUCGGAUAUAACGACCACCGGCGAGUUUCAGUUACAUAUCGAAGACACACCUGGCUGGAUGUUCUGCAUGGCCAUCGGGAUAACUGUGUUUGCCGUGUUGAGUAUGAUGAAGGAGGCAUUCCAGAUAUACUACCAUCGACUUAAGUACCUGGCAGAAGCGAUCAACUUCGUGGAAUGGACAAUGUACCUGGCAUCGAUAUGUAUGGUGAUGCCUGUGUUCCUUGGCACCAAUUGGCACAACCAGCAGUACAACUCGGCCGCCCUUGCUGUCUUCUGCUCUUGGUUCAUACUCCUCAUUUACUUUCAGAGGUUUGACCGGAUUGGGAUAUACAUUGUGAUGUUCCUUGAGAUUCUGAACACACUUAUAAAUGUUCUUCUUGUGUUCUCUGUUCUUAUCGUCGCCUUUGGACUUGCCUUCUAUAUCCUGAUGUCACAUGGAGGUCAGCUGUCCUUCUCGAACGUGCCGAUGUCGAUGCUGCACACUUUCUCCAUGAUGCUCGGGGAGGUCGACUUCUUGACCAUCUACGUCUACCCCUUCUACCAGGAAAGCACCCGGGGGGACAUCCUGCUCUUCCCACGCACCACGUUCGCCCUUCUGGUAAUCUUCAUGAUCCUGAUGCCGAUUCUACUCAUGAACCUCCUUAUUGGUCUGGCUGUUGGGGACAUCGAGAGCGUGAGGAAGAAUGCACAGCUGAAGAGGAUCGCUAUGCAGGUCGAAAUGCACACAGAACUGGAGAACAAACUCCCCGAAAUGAUCAUCCGGCGAGUGAACAAAAGUGAACUGGUGAUCUACCCGAACUGCAGGAAAGGAACGCACCUGAUGAACAAGAUCCUCAGCGCGUUCAACUUCGCCUGUCCGUUCAGCGACAAGAAAGGAACGGAGCUCGAGUCGGCGGACAGCGCGGGCGACGACUACCUGUGGGAGGAGCUGGAGGGGCAGAGGAGGCGCCUCAGGGACAUCUCGGCCGUCCUCGACACGCAGACGAAGCUCCUGCGGCUCAUCAUGCAGAAAAUGGAGAUCAGGAGCGAGGCCGAUGACGUGGACGAGGGCGUGAACCUGGAGGACAUCAUGAAGCCAUUUCCCAACCGUAAAUUCGCCCCGUCGUCAGCCACCUCCAGACGCGCCAUCUUGUACAGGAAGGAGUGAAACAAAAGCGCAGAGGGAUGCGUGACUGCGCGGGAAUUUUUGUUUUUAUUUAUGAAUUUCUCUUUUUUUCUUGUUAUUUAUUUAUUUAUUUAUUUAUUUUUCGAGAGAUCGUGAUGAAGAAGUGCUUCAGGAGGAAUGCGAUUUUUUUUUCUUUGGAUGGCCGAGGGCGAAGGAAAUAUUUUUGAAAGAAAAGGCCAUCUAUUUGUGCACAGUCGACAAUAAAAAGUUAUUGAUUUCAAAUGUACGGUAAUUCUAAGUCAGUGUUUAAAAAAUGUUAUUAACAGAAUUAAGUGUUUUAGGAACAAAGAUAGUUCAGCUUAAA